AUGGCUGCUGCAGUGCUACUGAAAGAAGCGCUGCCGUCUUUGGAUGAACCUAUCGUGACAUAUCUCGAUAGGUACAUACAAGACGCAGGUGAAGAUCCUAGCGUUGAUGUUAUGAGAGAUGUUGUACAUCCUAUGCUUGAAUCAGCUGUCAUCUGUGAACCUCAUGACUCAGCGAACCGAAAGGCGCUGCCAGCACUGCUUGAGAAACUGGGCGCGAUGGUGGCGGAACGUGUUCCGACUGUGCUUUCUCGAAAUGAUCGUGGACUUACACGACUAGACAAAGUUGUGGAUAUGGGUGCGGUCGAAAUGAGUUCAACAAUUACGUACGACGCAGGUAAUGACAGCAUGGACCUUGCUCUAGGCCGAUCAAGUCGGAACCGCACAACUGUGGAUGUAAAGAAGCUUGAAAAACAAGAAGCGAAGACUCGUGCCAAACUUGCUAAGCGUGCACAGCGUGAUCUGUAUGAAUCAAGCAAGCUCGUCGAAAACGCCAAGAAAAUGGCUUCCUAUGAGGAGAUGUACAUGCAAGUCAAUCCGCUCGAGUCCAUUAGCUCUGGCGCUGCCAAAGGUAAAAAUAAAGACAUUCAUCUUCCCAACAUUGAUGUGAGCUUUGGUAGCAACCGCAUUCUUUCAAACGCUGAACUUACCAUGGCGUAUGGACGCCGUUAUGGUUUGGUUGGCCGCAACGGUGUGGGUAAAAGUACGUUGCUUCGACAUAUGGCACUACGUGAUGUACCGAUUCCAACAAAUGUUUCACUUUUGUACGUGGAACAAGAGAUUGUCGGCGACGACACGCCGGCUGUUGACGCCGUGUUGAAAGCUGAUGUCUGGCGCGAAAAACUUAUCGCUGAGGAACGCCGUUUGAAUGCACAGCUGCAAUCUUUAGAAGAAGCUGCCAAUGCGGCCGUUGUUGCUGCUGAUGAGAAGGAAAGUGAAGAAGGACUCUCACGUGGCUCGGCUGUUGACUUACCAACACGCCAGCGUGAGAACCAACGCGACGAGCUCUCGUCUCGUCUGGGUGAUGUUCAAGCGAAGCUAGUGGAUAUGGAAGCAGACACCGGUCCUAGCCGUGCAGCAACUCUUCUUAAUGGCCUGGGCAUUGUGGGGGCCGACCAGCGCAAGCCCACAAAAGCGUUCAGUGGUGGCUGGCGCAUGCGUCUCGCCCUUGCGCGAGCUUUGUUCUGCAAACCUGACUUGUUGAUGCUCGACGAGCCUUCCAACAUGCUUGACUUGAAUGCGAUUGCAUGGCUAGAAGACUACCUUGUGAAUGAAUGGGAGGGUACCCUGUUUGUUGUAUCUCACGACCGAGCGUUCCUCAAUCAAGUUGCGACGGACAUUGUACACAUGCAUUCAGAGCGACUCGACUAUUACAAAGGCAACUUUGAUCAAUUCUAUGAGACACGCGAUGAGCGGCGCAGGAAUCAACUCCGUGAAUAUGAAGCAAAUCAGCAAAAGCGUGCGCAUUUGCAAGCGUUCAUUGAUCGCUGGCGCUAUAAUGCAGCUCGAGCGGCCCAGGCACAGAGUCGGAUCAAGGAACUGGAACGCCUUCCUGUGCUUGAGCCACCCGAGAAGGAAUCUGGCGAACAUUUCACGCUGCCUGAAGCCGAGAAAAUCAGUCCUCCGCUACUGCAGCUUGACAAUGUCACAUUCGGUUACUCCAAGGACAAAAUCUUAUUACGUAACAUCAACUUUGACGUCACAAUGGACAGCCGCAUUGCAUUGAUCGGUAGCAAUGGUGCAGGAAAAUCAACCCUUAUUAGGCUUUUGAUCAAUCAAUUGUCACCUCUGUCCGGCGAUGCAAAGCGCAAUUCUCGCUUGCGGAUCGGCUACUUUUCUCAGCACCACAUUGAUCAGCUGGAUCUCACACAAAACCCUGUGGCGUUCCUCGCGGCUCGGUUCCCAGGGCGUACAGAGCAAGAAUAUCGCCAACAUCUUGGUUCGUUUGGUAUUACCGGCACAACAGGGCUGCAAAGGAUUGCUACUCUGUCUGGUGGACAGAAGAGUCGUGUCGCAUUUGCCCAAUUGAGCCUUCUAAAGCCCCAUGUUUUGCUGCUUGACGAACCAACUAACCAUUUGGACAUUGAGGCACUCGAUGCACUUAUGGACGCUAUCAACCGCUGGAAUGGUGGUGUCAUUGUCGUGAGUCACGAUGAGCGGUUUAUCAACAGCUGUCUUAAGGAAAUGUGGGUAUGCGACAACGGCACCGUGUACAAAUUCGAUGGCAAUGUGUCUGAGUAUAAGCGGGUUAUCGUUGAAUCGAACAAACGCAAGUUAGAAGAGGCGGCACGCACAGCACCCUAA